AUGUUCAUCCAACAGGGAAGGCAAAUGUGUUGCUACGACUGUGUUCAGUGCCCUCAAGGGAGGAUUUCAUCCCACAUGAAUACAGAGCAAUGUGAGAAGUGCCCUGAAGAUCAGUAUCCGAACAAGAACCAGGACCAGUGUAUUCCCAAAGAAAUGAGCUACCUAUCCUAUGAGGAGCCCUUGGGAGCAGUUCUGGCUUCCUUGGCUCUUUUCCUUUCUGUGACCACAGCGGUCGUAAUGGGGACAUUCACUCUGCACUGGGACACCCCCAUUGUCAAAGCUAACAACUGGAGCAUCACAUGCAUCUUGCUGUCCUCUUUACUACUUUGUUUUCUGUGCUCCUUUUUAUUCAUUGGCUGCCCUAUGAAGGUGACCUGUCUUUUGAGGCAAACCAUCUUUGGCAUCAUCUUCUCCGUUGCUGUUGCUUGUGUGUUAGCAAAAACCAUCACUGUGGUACUGGCCUUCAUGGCCACAAAACCUGGAAACAGGAUGAGCAAAUGGGUUGGGAAGAGGUUGGCAAUAUCAGUCAUCAUUCUCUGUACUUUUACUCAAAUAGGCAUCUGUGUUGUAUGGCUGGCAACUUGUCCCCCUUUCCUAGAUUUUGACAUGCACUCCCAAAUUGGGUGGAUCAUAGUUCAAUGUAAUGAAGGCUCAGACAUCAUGUUCUACAUUAUCUUGGGCUACAUGGGUUUUUUGUCCACCAUCAGCUUUGCCGUGGCUUUCUUUGCCAGAAAAUUGCCUCAUUCUUUUAAUGAAGCCAAACUGAUCACUUUUAGCAUGUUGGUCUUCUGCAGUGUUUGGGUGUCCUUUGUCCCAACUUACCUGAGUACCAAAGGGAAAUACAUGGUGGCUGUGGAGAUCUUCUCCAUCUUGGCCUCUAGUGCUGGCUUACUGGGUUGUAUCUUCCUCCCCAAAUUCUACCUUAUUGUAUUCAGGUCUGAGCUGAACACCAGGGAGCAGUUAGUAAGGAAAAAUAAUGGUCACAGUUGA